GUCAUUAGGAGGCCCCAAGUCGCCUCUGAGAACCGCGUUACCGCAUUUAUAUAGGGCGCUUGCUGCCUUUCGGGAGGACCGUCAAAGAUGUUCGGUUCCGGCAGCACCCAGCUGGCGCCUGCUCUGGUGCGGUGCAUCGCCACCAGCAGCUGUGCCGCAAGCGCAGCUCCCGCGCUUGCUCCUGCCAAGAGCGGCAACCUUCUUUCUUCUCUUUUCGGUAUUGGAUGCAGCCGCGUUGACGUGCCUCUGAGCGAGCGGCUGCCGUCCGUGGCGGAGCCGCCCCGCAGCUCUGUUCCCGCAACCAAGCCGGCCCUGAAAACUUCCAGCCUCAGCUCCGGCAUUAAGGUAGCCACUAUUGAUUCCGUGAGCCCUGUUUCCAGCCUGUGCCUGUUUGUGGAGGGUGGUUCCAGCGCGGAGACUGCCUCGACGACCGGUGCCAGCAAGGUCCUGGAGAUUGCUGCGUUUAAGGCCACUGCCAACCGCUCUACUUUCCGGCUUACUCGUGAGCUGGAGAAGAUUGGCGCCACGGCUUACUGCCGCGCCGGUCGCGACAACAUCGCAUUCGGUGUGAACGCUGUUCGCCUGAACCAGCGCGAGGCUCUUGAGGUGCUGGCAGAUGCUGUGGUCAACGCUCGCUACACCUACUGGGAGGUGCGCGACACCCUGGAGACCCUGAAGGAGCAGCUGGCCGCUGAGCUCAAGAACCCCCUGACCUCGGUCAAUGAGGUCCUCCACCGCG